AGUCACUAAAACGGUCUGUGCCAUGCCAGCAAAUCUCGCUCAGUCGUGAAAACACAGUGAUAUGAUCCUAUCGGUGUGAUUGUGCACAGGAUUGCAAACCUGACAAUGAACAGGUGAGGAAGCCACAGAGCAGUGGAUCUAUUUCGAUCAGUUCAUCCGAUUCAGCACAUUGGAACAGUCGCGUGUGUGUUCGCGCUCAAAAUGGGACGCUGCCCUUUAACGCACCAAACCGAUGCCUUGAAAAUACUUUACGAGCUGCGGGCUCACAAGAUAAACAGGAGCUGUGAUGGAGACGGUGAAGGUCAGAGUGGAUUAACAACAACACCUGUCCGCGGCGGGUAUGAUGAGUCCGCGAAGCAGUCGCGCAGGUUGAAGACGAUCGCGGAGAGAGCUCGAGAAAGCUGCUUCACGCGACUCAUCGAUAUAUUGACGCAGCUCAUAUCUAUAGAGGAAGACUUUAUAAAAAGCGUCACAAGACACGAAACGAGUUUGCUCAGGUGCAAGGACAGUGUUGACCUGAAGAACAUCUGCUUGAGGAUGGCUCUUGAUGAAGGUGCUUCCCGCUCGGAUAGAGACUUGAGGGAACUUCGGGACUGUCUUCGGCUCAUAGUCAGUAAUCUGCUUGACUAUGUGCGAGAUGAGAACAGUCUGAACUCCACCGUGACAAGACACAAGCUGAGGGAACUAUACAAGUCCUUCCCUGAUAUCUGAAGAUCUCUAGAUGUGGGAUUUCGUUGCAUGAAUUCUAAGGAACAACCUCUGAUGGGUUUUGCGAAAUCUUAAUCAGCGUUUUUCAAUCAGGUUGCUUCCACGCGGGCCUCAAGAUGACUCGAAGUAUUUAAAAUAUUACAAACAAGCAUUAACAUAUACAUGAAUAUACACUGAGAGAGACUGAAAUAGUAUUGUUUUUUUUUUUUUAAGUUGAUAUCUUUAUCAAGUGUUUUUCCUAUUUAUCAUGAGUCAGAAAUCAGGCAAAAGAAUGAAAUUCUCUUGAAUCAUACCAGACUGGCUCUCAGCAUGACAGUCAGUACAAGUAAAACAAGUCUGGUUGGUUGGUUGGUUGGUGAUUGUGCUGAAUCCAGUCAGCUCGACAGGUGGGAUGCCUGAGCAAAGUCACACCUCGGGGAUGUGUUUGUUAUUUGAAAGGCUUUGUUACCUGAUGGUAAACAGAGGAACAGCUGGACAUUAAUUCAAAGGAAUUGGGUGGAGGACGGGUGUGUUUGAAUUUGUGAAUUCCAGUGUUUUGUUCAAGUAUAAUGACAUCACGUUACAAUAAUGUACUAAAUAAAGUCAUUUUUAUUGUUACAUUAGAGUUGGCUAUGAGUUCCAAGGUCGUUUAUUUGUUUGUUUAAUAACCCAAUCCAUAUACCACUUUUCUAGUGUAGGGAUUUUGCCAACUGUAGUGUCUGUAAAUGAUCAUCUCUUGUCACUAGAUGGUGCACAAAACCAGCAAAUUACGAAUAUUCUGAGUCUUGUGCUUCAGGGGAGAGGGGGGUCAGGUCAGUUGAAACAUUUUUCAGUAAAUCCCAGUAACCUCAUUAAAUAAUCACACAUUUGCACACAGUGAUACAAUACUUCUGCAUAUAUAUUUGUAUCACACAGCAAAAGGAUAUUGCACAAUGCUCUGACAACAUAUUUUUUUAAAAACAGCUAAUUUACAGUUUUAUAUGCAGACAUCAUAUGACAAAUGGCUGUUAUUCACAUUUUUUUGGGAAUUAUGUUGUGCAAUAGAUUCUUGAUAAGGACAGUUUCGCUUGCUUUGAAUUUAAUAUGCAUGAUAUGGCAAAAAGAAAAAUUAAACAACACUAAGGAGAACAACAUUUAAUAGAAGUUAAAUUAACUUCAAUGAAUUUUAAUAGCCUAUAGAGACGAAAACAAAAAACAUAAAUAUUCACCACCAUCAGAUAGUGAUCAGAACAAGGCCUCUAAACUGUUAAAAAAAAUCAUAACAAAAAAGUUUUGUAUUUGCUUUAUAUUUAUUUUCUUUAAUAUUUGUUUCAAUAAAUGAAGAUCCAGACGCCACAAAAGUAUAUUGACACUUAAAAUAAAAAAGGUAGACUUUCAUGAUUUAGCCCAACGGAUCUCAAACUGGGG